AUUAGUGUAAGGAAGGGAAUAAAAUUAUACACAAAAACAAAGCAAAACAAUUUCAGAGAUAUUUUUAAGGAUCAUUGAUCCUAUGCAAAAUUGCAGGACUUUGAAUUGCGCUGUUGAACUAAUGCGGCAAAUAGGAUUUUUUAGUACAAAAUCAGCGUUAGUCGACUACAUUCGCGGGCGGAGUGGCGUUUAACCAUCUGGUAACACUGAAUUAAAGAUAGUUCUGGAAUUUCGUAGUUUUAAUUACUAAUAAAAGCAGAGCAAAAGCAAAGCAAAGCAGCCAAUAUGUCGGACUGGGACUCUGUAACUGUUCUGCGGAAGAAGGCACCCAAAUCGUCGACUCUAAAGACGGAAUCGGCGGUCAACCAGGCGCGCCGCCAGGGAGUCGCCGUGGAUACCCAACAGAAGUAUGGUGCUGGCACCAACAAGCAGCAUGUGACCACCAAGAACACUGCCAAACUGGACCGCGAGACCGAGGAGCUGCGCCACGACAAGAUCCCCCUCGAUGUGGGCAAGCUCAUCCAGCAGGGACGCCAGGGCAAGGGCCUCAGCCAAAAGGACCUGGCAACUAAAAUUUGCGAAAAGCAGCAAGUGGUAACCGACUACGAGGCCGGUCGCGGAAUUCCUAACAACUUGAUUCUGGGAAAAAUGGAACGCGUUCUGGGCAUAAAGCUGCGCGGCAAGGAGCGCGGCCAACCAAUAGCGCCUCCCGGUAAGAAGUGAGACGAUGCUGCCGCGUCGGCCGCCAGUGGUGCUCCUCACACGACCACCUCAGCACGCAGCGCCCGGCAACAGAACCAUCAACACCCGGAUUCUGGAGGCUGGAGCACUGUAAGCGGCAGACGCAAAUGA